AUGGCUGAUAAAUCAAGAGUAUUCAUACAUCCCAACACUUAUCAAAGUCCAAGGGAGGCUGCUGCUGUUCAUAGCAGUGCCGAAGGCGGCAGCAGAGGUGGUGGUGGAGACAACGGUGUCGGCGGUGGUGUCGGUGGUAGCGCCAGCAUGAAGUCAUCUUCAUCAUCACCAGAUAGAGGGCUUUCAAGUUCAAAAUGCAGUUCUCCAGUCAAUGAGGCAUCUGCUACAGCUUUGAAUCAUGGGUUCUUAGAAGAAAAUUUGCUCAAAGAUCAAUAUCAUGAACAUUCUUUCCUUCCUGCAUUGAAUCCUGUGAGCGAAAAUGGAUCUUCCAUCGAAGGAAUAAAUUAUGUUCCUUUGAAUUUUCUUGAAUCAUUCCCAGCUAUAAAGAAAGCUCAAGCAUCUGAAUCUCCUUCAUCAUCUCAUCCUUUAUCUAUGAAUUCAAGAUUCCCAAAUUUAGGCCUGUUUCUUCAGAAUCUAUCACCCUCACAGAAUUCAUUAUUCUCCAUGACUCAACUUGAUCAAAACCAGCUUCAGACAGGAAAAGAAUGGCUGAAAAUGAAUAAAAACCUAACGAAUUAUUCUUCCAAAGAUUUCAGUGAUUAUUGGCUUAGCACUACUAAAACUCAACCAAUGAAGUUUACAGGGAGAGGUCAAAAUGAAAACAGGAAACGUGUCAGAAAUGGAAACGCUAGCAUUCUGGAAGUUCCUGUCCAACGUGAGGGAUCGUCUUCUCCAGGUAAGCUUUUCAGAGGAGUAAGGCAAAGGCAUUGGGGAAAAUGGGUUGCAGAAAUAAGAUUACCGCGAAACCGUACACGGGUUUGGUUGGGGACUUUUGACACAGCAGAAGAGGCUGCUUUUGCUUAUGAUACAGCUGCAUAUAUACUAAGAGGUGAUUAUGCACAUCUAAAUUUCCCGGAUCUGAAGCAUCAAAUCAAGACGAAUUCCACUAAUAACAGUACAGCAGCCCUUCUUGAAGCCAAAAUAAGAGCAAUAUCACUAGGUAUUCCUGCUUCAAAUAAGGCCAUUGAUCAUGAUCAAAAGGAAAUAUUUCUGCAAGAAAAAUCUGUGGUUGAAGAGAAUUUGAAGCAAAAAUCAUCUUCAAGAAAAGAAUGGCCGUUGAUGGAGUUGGAGAGCAAAGCUGGUUUGGAUCAGAUGGUUGAGAAUAAGAAGAAUAUUCAAGAAGGGUUAUCAGAUAUUGAUAUUCAGUUAAGCAGAAUUCCAUCUCUGGACAUGGAUACGAUCUGGGACGCACUUCUUGUUUCAGAUUCAUGA